AUGGCCGAUCCGUCGGCCUUCUUUCAGCGGCCGCGCCACCCUCCCGUGCAGGCCGCCGCCCCGCCGCAGCUCAAGGCAGGCGCGACAGCGGCCUUCAGCGUGGCUGCAUGGCGACAGGAGGCGUUGGAGUUUCAGCAGCAGCUGGAUGGGCUGCUUCUGGAGACACCGCCGCAGCAGCAGGCCGCAAUUGGCAGUGGCGCCGACGCGUCUCUCACGCCUGGCAGCGCAGGCGGGCAGCCGCCGCUCCUGGAUGCCUCUGACCUUCACCUGCCCACCCUGCAAGAGGAGAUGAUCCGGCAGCUGGUCACCGAGCAUGGGCAGCAGCAGCAGCAGCAGCAGCAGCAGGGCGAGCCGCCUGGGGCGGCGCCGCUCGUGCCUGCCGCCAGCAUGCAGCCGCCGCUGCUGCUGCCCAUUCCCUGGGAUCAGCCGAUUGUGUCGCCGGCAGAGGCGGGUCCGGCUCUGCCAUUCCCCCUGGCAGAUGCUGCUGGCGCUGCAGCCUGCGCAACAGGGAGUGUAGGCGACGCCCUGCAGCAGCAGCAGCAGCAGCAGCAGGAGGAGCAAGGGCAGGUGCAGGCUGCGCCGGUGCCAGCGCAACAGGAAGACGAGGGAGCAGCAUCCCAGCCGCAGCCUGCAGAACCCUUGGCACCAUCCCAGCAGCAGAGCUCUCCACCGGCCGGUCGGGCUGGCAAUGCGGUCACACAGCUGGCCUCUGCGGAGCAGCGGCAGCAGCAGGGCGAGCUGGAGCAGCAGCAGCAGGCGCCAGCAGCUGCGCAGGCGCCUUCACAGCAGGAGCAGCAGGGGCAGCCUCCUCCGCCCGCAGGCAGAGAUGAGCAGGAGUCGGUUCCGCGGGGUGAGGCGGCGGCGCAUCCCGGCGGCAGUGCUGCCGGCGGCCCGCAGCGCAGCACGCGAAGCAGGAUGCGCGGCGGCAGCUCGAGCCCCCCCGCUGAGCCCAGCCCGCCUGCGGCAUCGUUGCAGCAGCCGCAGCAGCCGCAGGCCCAGCUCCCGAAUCCCAGUUCAGCUGAGGCUGCAGGGCCCCCCUACACCUCAGCUCCUGUGGGCUUGGGCUGGGAUGUGGGGGCCCUGCUGGGCAUGCUGGGCCCCCAGCACCCGCUCCUGCUCUGGCCGGAGCUGUCAGAACUGCUGGCGCUGCCGCCGCUGCUGCCGCCGGGCCUGCAGCCGCAGCAGGCAGAUGCCGCCGCCGGAAGUGGCGACUCGGGCGGCGGCGGCGGCCCGCGCCGGGAGCGGAAGCGCAGCAGGGUGGAGGAGGGGCUGGAGCGGAAGCCGGAGGUGGCGGCGGUACUGGAAUCGUACCGCCAGCGGGCCGAGGCGGCGCGCCAGCGGCGGCGCCACCAGCACCAGGCCGCCGCCCGCCUGCUGGCAUCUAUCGCCGACUCGGGCCUGGAGGCUCCCAUGUCUUGGAAGGUGCUGCAGGACGCGCGCAGCCGCCAGCUGCAGCUGGUGGCCACCGCGGCGGCAGAGGCGGCAGAGGCCGGGGACGGCGGCGCGGGCGACAGGCUGGAUGGCAGCGAGGCGGUGUUGCAUGUGGCGCUGCACGUGCCUCAUGCGCCGCACCUGGUAUCAGAGGAAUGGCUGGUGCUGGAGAGCCAGCCGCUGACCGAGCUGCGGGACCGACUGUUCUGUGUGGCGGACAAGAAUGCAGAGGCGAUGGAGAGGGAGGAGAACGCCAAGCGGGCCGUCGGCGAGGUGCCGCUGCGCAUCAGCCGCCCCUCCGCCUACUUUUAUGUGGAGGGCACCUUUUACAAUGACCUGCGCCAGCCAGAUGCUGCCGACUACUCGGAGCCCAUCCGCCGGGAGCACGGUAUCCAGGCGCCGCCGCACCCGCUGCCAAACAGCGGCCGCGUCGAUGUGCAGACCACAGGCAGGCAGCCGGCACCCGGCAUGGUGCCAGCCGGCCACACCGCCGCCCGCAUGGAGGCCUCGCGGUUUGGCGACCUGUGGCUGCGCCUGGGCAGCGGCGCCGCCAACCUGUACUGCCACCAGGGGGGCUGCGAGCACCUGCUCACCUUCAUGGAUGUGCGGCUGUUUGAUGCGGCCUGCGACCCGCCGCUGCGCCGCCACUACCCCUUCCGCAUCACGCCGCCGCAGCACCUCGUCAUGCGCGACUGCGAGGUGUGCGGCGGGCGUGUGGCCAAGCGCAUCACAUAUGACGACCGCGCCGCGCCGCACACGCCCUUCUUCUGCCUGUCCAACAAGCUCCUGGGCCGCGCUCUGUCUGCCGUGCUGUGCUGCCGGGGGGCUGCCACCCACACCGACUUCCGCGUCUUCCCAUACACAUGCGAGUACCCGCCUGGCGUCAUCCACAAGGGCGCGGGGGCGGGGGCGCCGGUGGGCUAG